AUGUCCGAACCGCAACCAAGGCUGACCUUCGCUCGAUACCGUCCUCUCGUUUACCUUCUUUCCGGUGUUGCUGCGGCGUACGCGCUUGUCUUCCUGCGAAACCAGCUUUUCUCACCAUCAACAUCACAAUCAUCUCUGCGACGCCGGAAAGCCGUUCGCCGGCACAGAAGAAAUGAGCCCGACGAAUCUGCACCUGCCGACACGCCGUCGUCGCUAGCCAUCGCCCACCUAGAGCUACUGGAACGCCAGAACGGAGUAUACGGGACCUUUCGCAUAGAAACCGAAGAUGGCCGACGGGUUGAGAGCGGUUUACUUCCCUCGCUUCUUGCGACGCGGGACCAGCUCAUGGACGAGGUCGGCGUUCCCGAGGCCCAUGCUGAGCGGAUGCGCGAGAUGAUGGAGGACACGUUCUUGGAAUCGUUCUUCGCCUUGGAUUUUCCGCCAACGCACGUAUUGGAGGAAGGAAGUCCGGAAAUGGAAUACUUGAUGGAGCAGCUACAGCGUCGUGGCAUUUCCCGGUCAGGAAUCGAGAGGGCGAUCGCGCGCUUUAAUGCGGACAGUAACUACGGAGAGGAACUGCGGCGUCGGCGACAGAACGGAGAGAGAGUAACGCUGUCGACUUCGACUUUUGCGGAUGAGACCCAGCAGACGCAGGUUAUGGAUGGUGGGGAGACUGUUGUCGACGACCAGAGUGUGUUCUCGUGGAGAGAGGGGAACAACGACUCCGCCCCGGCGCGCGAAGGCCAGAACUUGCUUAACCUUCUCUAUCAUAUUGCGGAAGACCAAGCAAGGAAGGACGGAUACAUUCAUCGAGGUGUUACAUGCAACAGCUGUGGAGCUAUGCCCAUUCAAGGCAUCCGUUACAGAUGCGCCAACUGCAUUGAUUAUGAUCUUUGCGAGACCUGCGAGGCGAUGCAAGUACAUAUCAAGACACACCUAUUCUACAAAGUCCGGAUACCUGCGCCCUUCCUUGGCAAUCCUCGACAAUCGCAGCCUGUGUGGUAUCCGGGUAAGCCUUCGAUGCUUCCGCGCACAUUACCGCGGUCGCUAGCGAAACGCUUGAUGAAAGAGACUAGCUUUGAGGGGACUGAAUUAGAAGCUCUCUGGGACCAGUUCCGAUGCCUAGCGAACCGUGAAUGGGCCGAAGAUCCAAAUAAGCUGUACAUGGCCAUCGACCGGAAGACAUUUGAUCGCUGCUUUGUCCCCAACACAUCAGUCCGGCCACCGCCUCCUAGCUUGAUUUAUGACCGCAUGUUUGCGUUUUAUGACACGAAUAAUGACGGGCUCAUCGGGUUUGAGGAGUUCCUGAAAGGUCUAGCUAGCCUGAACAACAAGAGCAACGAUGAGAGGCUGCGGCGCGUCUUCCGUGGAUACGAUAUUGACGGCGAUGGCUUUGUGGAACGUAAGGAUUUCCUACGUGUGUUCCGGGCGUACUAUACCCUCAGCAGAGAGCUCACCCGAGAUAUGGUUGCCGGAAUGGAGGACGACUUUUUGGAAGGCGGCGCGCGGGAUGUUGUGCUCGGAAGUCAACCUAUUAGCUCUGCCUUCCCCGGAAGUAUUCCUUCUGGAGACCCUUCUAGGAUAGGAGAGGGUAAACGCGUUAACCAGGAGGGAGAUAUGGAGAUUGUGGAUAGCGAGGGCGUGCUUCGUGCCGACGGUGCCGAUACUGGAGACCGGCACUCCGUUGUCGGUGAAGCUGCUGUUCGACGCCACUUUGGUCGGUCUCAACCUCUCAUUCCCGUGACAGUUCGUGUAGGUCCGUCUGGGUCAAACGCGGCAGAAGCAUCUGGUAGCCGGAGGAGAGGAAGUGCCAGGGAUGAAAACGAGCAUGACGCGGAGGACCACGACGAUGAGACGGAGAGUUUAUCUGCCGAAAGUGACCAUUGGCCUCCCCCAGAACAUAUCACAUCGACUGAUAUCGUCACGGCGCUUGGAUCGUACGUGCCCCUUCAAGAUGUGACAGAUCCGGAUGACAGGGCUCGGAUUGGAACAGCCGUGUAUAACCGAAUGUGUGAUAGCGACCAAAGACGUGUCGACUCUACCCGGAGACAGGGCAUAGAUGAACGAUGGCGACGAAGGGCAUUUUACACUGAUGAAGAGGACGGUGGUACUGCUCCCGACGGCUACCAGACAGACUCGGAUGUGGAUGAAGACGAAGACGAUGAUGCGGCAGAGCCAGAGUACGAGUCACAACCACCUUCUCCACGUUCCCGAUCUUCUUCCAAGGUACGCUUCCAAGAUGACCUGACCGAUGUCGACGACGACUACGAAGAUGUGAGAUCAAACCCUUCAACAUCGUCACGCAGCAUAUUGGUUGGUGAACGAUGGGGUGGGUUUGAGGUGCCUGAAGUUGAGCGAGACGUCGGCAAAGAGAUCUUGUAUCAAGUCACCCAACAAGGAUUCAACGAGAUUCUGGAUAUCAUGUUCAAGCCAAAGGAGGACCUCCUGAUGGAGUGCUACCGCACCCGCACCGAACGCAAAAUCUGGGCGCAAGAGAUUGAGCUUGCUGAACAGUUAGAAGGUAGAGAUGCUGACCAUGAGGAGCAAGAUGCCCAUGAGACCGAAGAGCUGGCUCGAUACCGGGAACGGCCACUGGAUGAGCUGCUCGAACGCUCAGGGUAUUCCAUUGGCAACUCCGCCAUUCAGACUGGCGAGCACAGUCCUAUCCUCGCACCUCCACCCGGCGAGCUUAGGUUACCAGUUGACGACCUUGACAACAGCGAAGCUGAAGACAACGACAGCGUCCGCCCAACUCAUCUCGCCAACCCAGAGGAAACCGAGCCCACUACGUCACACUCCAUCCUCGAGCCGCCGGACAACCUAGUCCUCUCUCCAACACCCCACCACCACAUUCUCCCAGUCAUGGACGAGGAGGCCUCCCCUCUGCAUCUCGAGUCAGACCACGCUUCCGACCCCGAAUCUGACCAUGACCCUACCCUCCCGCACCAUCGCCCCAACGACACCGACGUUGACAUCGACACUCCCCACCCGACAACCCUUCCCACCUCAAUCCUCCUCCACCCCAACACCGCAGCAUCCACUUUCCCAGCACUCCCCUCCCUCUCCCCCUCCUCCCCCGACGCCGAAGCCACAGCGCCCAAGCGCGCCCCCUCACCCAUCCAACCCCUCCCACCACCCUCAUCUCGAUCCCGAUCCGCAUCCCCUAUUCUCCAUCCCAAGCGUCAGGGUCCGACUACACCUCCACCCCCCGCAACGCUCUCCCGCUGGGCAUACCUUAACCGCGUCGAGGCAGAAGCGAAGGGGCGGGGCGGAACAGGCGCCAAGUUGAGUUUUGAGGAGUUCUCCAGGCGCAUGGCGGCUGAUCGGGGCCGGAGGCUGGCGUUUGUCGCGAGCUGGAUUGAAAUGGCGAGUUUCUGA